AUGGCGCUGUGGCUGCUGGGUGCACUGCUGCUGAGCUGCUGGGCGCUGCUGCUGCUGCGACGACGGCUCAUCUUCACCAGAGGCUUCAGGUUCCCAGGGCCCCGGGCUCUGCCGCUGCUAGGCAACUGUCACCUACUCAUGGGCUCUCAGUCAGAUUUCUUCCGACUGUGCUGGAGGCUCGGAGAGGCCAACCCCGGGGGAGUGUUCCAGCUAUGGGUGGGGAUGCGCCCCUUCGUCUUCCUCUACAAGAGUCCCAUUAUGCGGCCUUUGGUAACAUCGUCAACUCACUUGGAGAAGAAUUUCGAGUAUACACUGACACAAGGAUGGCUCGGGAACGGACUUAUAACUAGCAAAGGAGAUGUGUGGCACAAGCAACGCAAGAUGUUGACGUCUUGUUUUCACUUCAACAUCCUGCGAGAGUUCUCUUCCCCCGUAUGGCGUCACUGCAACGUGCUGCUGCAGAAGCUAGUAGUCAAUGGAGGAGCCCCGCUGGAUAUUGUACCCCUCGCUAAACUGUUGGCUCUUGACAUUAUUUGUGAGACCGCCAUGGGUAUUGACAUCGCAACCCAAGCCAACUUCGACUCUGAGUAUCCUUCGGCAAUAUCGAGAAUGACAGACAUUCUCAGUUACCGCUUCAUCACGCCCUGGGUCAAGCCUAAAGCCAUCUUCAACCUGACACCUAGUGGAAGAGAAUACAACAAACUGUUAGCUAAGGUGCAAGCCUUCGUCAAGAAGAUAAUUGUUAAACGGAAAGAAGAACUUGUUAACAAGAAGUUGGGUGUUGCGGAGAUAUCUGUUGCCUGUGAGGGGGAGGUGGAAGGCAAGACUGUAGUCAUAGAGGAUGAUACCACAGACGUUCCAGACAUGUGUAAAGACUGUCACCAACCUAUCUGCAGAUCUGACGGAUCUCGUCGACGACUGGCUCUGUUGGACUGCCUUCUGCACAUGUCACAAGAUGACCCCAGCAUCACAGACGAGGAGAUCACGGACCAAGUCAACACAUUCAUGUUUGCUGGUCAUGACACGAUCGCUUGUGCACUCUCAUUCAGUUUAUUUGCGCUUGGACAUCAUCCAGAGUGGCAGGACGCCAUAGUAGAGGAGGUGGACCAAUGGUGUCCUGACCUCUUGUCUGCACAUCCUGAGGCUCGCGUGUUCCUCAAGGGACUACCAGUGUUGGACAGAUGUGUGCGAGAGGCCCUGAGGCUCUACCCACCUUCACCCAUGGUUGGUCGCACUAUCAACCACCCCUUGGAUACUCCGGAGGGGACGCUGCCUGCUGGCACCACCGCUAUACUCUACACGUUCCUGCUGCACAGAGACCCUACGGUGUUCAACAACCCUCACACGUACGAUCCACUCGGAGGGGACGCUGCCUGCUGGCACCACCGCUAUACUCUUUCCUGCUGCACAGAGAUCCUACGGUGUUCAACAACCCUCACACGUAUGAUCCACUGUAGAUUGUAUAAUGUAUACCUAGCAUGUGUCUGUACAGCGGAGGGGACGCUGCCUGCUGGCACCACCGCUAUACUCUACACGUUCCUGCUGCAUAGAGAUCCUACGGUGUUCAACAACCCUCACACGUACGAUCCACUCGGAGGGGACGCUGCCUGCUGGCACCACCGCUAUACUCUUUCCUGCUGCACAGAGAUCCUACGGUGUUCAACAACCCUCACACGUAUGAUCCACUGUAGAUUGUAUAAUGUAUACCUAGCAUGUGUCUGUACAGCGGAGGGGACGCUGCCUGCUGGCACCACCGCUAUACUGUACACGUUCCUGCUGCACAGAGAUCCUACGGUGUUCAACAACCCUCACACCGGAGGGGACGCUGCCUGCUGGCACCACCGCUAUACUCUACACGUUCCUGCUGCACAGAGACCCUACGGUGUUCAACAACCCUCACACGUACGAUCCACUGUAGAUUCGGAGGGGACGCUGCCUGCUGGCACCACCGCUAUACUCUACACGUUCCUGCUGCACAGAGAUCCUACGGUGUUCAACAACCCUCACACCGGAGGGGACGCUGCCUGCUGGCACCACCGCUAUACUCUACACGUUCCUGCUGCACAGAGAUCCUACGGUGUUCAACAACCCUCACACGUACGAUCCACUGCAGAUUCGGAGGGGACGCUGCCUGCUGGCACCACCGCUAUACUCUACACGUUCCUGCUGCACAGAGAUCCUACGGUGUUCAACAACCCUCACACCGGAGGGGACGCUGCCUGCUGGCACCACCGCUAUACUCUACACGUUCCUGAUGCACAGACAUCCUACGGUGUUCAACAACCCUCACACGUACGAUCCACUGCAGAUUCGGAGGGGACGCUGCCUGCUGGCACCACCGCUAUACUCUACACGUUCCUGCUGCACAGAGAUCCUACGGUGUUCAAAAACCCUCACACGUACGAUCCUGACCGCUUCCUGUCUCACAACGUCCCUCAGGACUCCUUCGCCUACAUGCCGUUCAGUGCCGGGCCUCGCAACUGCAUAGGGAAAAACCUUGCGAUGCUUGAACUCAAGAUCCUGUUGGCAAUGAUACUCAAGAGCUGCAGAGUCAAGUCCCUACAGAAACCAGAAGACCUCGAUAUGUCUUUUGAAAUCGUUCUGACAAAUAAAAGCGGAAUAUUAUUGGAAAUCUCUCCAAGGAAGUGAUUUGGAAACUACAAGUUUUUGCUGUGCAAAACUCUAUCUUUAUACUACUUUUGUAAUUUGCUCUGGAAGACAUUUAGUUUAUCACUGUUGUUGGACAUAACUAUAAAAACAAACCAUGAUUAAUAAAUUUAUAUGACGUGACAAUCAACAGUUUAAAAAGGCAACUUUAAUAAAGAUAUAUAAAAAAACUCAAAUUUGCCUCAGUAAAAAUGUGUGUAACAAUUGUAAAUAAAUUUUCAAAUAACCGAUGUGCACUUUUAAGGUAUUCGUUAAACGAACAGUUUUAUUUUUAAAUGUAACUCACUGUAUAUGCUAUAUUGUAUUGGUAAGAAACAAUGGAUAAGCUUUUUUAGUGAAUGCUUAAGCUGUUAUUUUGUUACUUGUUAUUUUAUAUAAUACUAUUAUUACUUUGUAGAUACGUAUUACAUUAUGUUAUUUACGUAAAAUUGUUAUGAGGGGAAUUUGUUAGUAACAUGUAUAUUACGGCUGUGAACAAAACGAACCUUAGUUUUUUUUAUAAAUACACUAGUUAAUUAGUGACGUAUGUUUUAAGAUAAUACUAAACAUUUAUUAAAUGUACUUGUACAUACUCA